AAUGUGACAGACAGCGCCGGUUCAUCUCCCUACACACCUUAAAAUUCAGCUUUCUCUGCAUUUACCUCAUUCUUACACAAUCACCAAUAGUACAGAAUAGAUCCACACCUCCAGGCUGUUCAGAAAACAAAUCAUCUACAGAACACCGAACUCACCGUCCUCCCGAGAUCACAAGCUGAACAGCCCGCUGCCAGUCAGGAUGAAACUCAUUGUGGGUGUAAUCAUAGGCAUCUCUGUUUUUAUGGGUACAGGUCAGGCACUGAAAUGUAUACAGUGUAGCAGUUACAGUGAUACAAACUGCAAUGGCGAAGCAACGGACUGCCCCUCCUCUUCAGGUGCAUGUGCCACUACCCUGAUCCGAAACAGAGGAGGCCGUUGGACAAGUUAUUUUCAAAUCAAGUCCUGUGUGCCUAUGUCAGAGUGUUUCAAUAAUGGAAGGGUGACAGGCCUAUAUGAAGAAUCCGCAUUUAAUACAUCAUGCUGCUUCGAUAACAACUGUAAUAAUUAUUUACCAACCCUGCCUACUCAAAACCUCACCUUAAAUGGCCUACUUUGUCCUUCCUAUGUUGCCAAAGACUUGGAACCAUGCAAAUUUCAGAAUUUAUCUGCAUGCACCGGAGAUCAAAACCGCUGUGUUCGUUAUUCAUCGACUACCAUACUAGGUUCUUCAAAAAACACUCUCUAUCUUGGUGGUUGUGCCUCUGAGAGUGUAUGUGUUACAGACCAGAGUUCUGUAUCAGCAGAUGGCAUCAGCUUGCAAGUAAAGAGGACCUGUUACAAUAGUGCCAGCAGACUUGCCUACGGCAUGCCAGUCAUACUUCUAUUACUAAGAGCAAUAAUUGGUUCAUGCCUCUCAUCGUGAUGGAGAUCUUCAAGACUUUGUAUGUUCCUGCCUGCUGAAUUUCAUUGAUGGACAGUUUUUGGUUACUGAAUGACUCCAAUGGUUCAAUGGUAGGAGAUAAACAGUUGACAAGGGUGAUGUUUACUAAUUUUGGAAGUGGAAAGAGGGAACGUUUUUUCUUGCUGUUUUUAUAUUAAAACACAUCAGAAUGAGGUCUCCAAAUAAGACCUUGGACAACCAGAGGACAUGUCCUGAAACUGGAACAUUGAACUUAAUGCUGUAAAAUUGUGAGGUUCUGGAACAUAGGUCUGCUGAAAAAUAUUAAAGCAGUAGAUGGAAUGAUGGA